CGCAGGCGCAAUGACAUCAUAUCUCUAAAAGGUUAUAAUGGAGGACAACAUCGGCUGAGGCAGCAAUUCUCUCCUUUCACGAUUUGUUGGACUUGUGCCCAAGAUGACUUCUUUUCAAAAGACAUUUCGCAAAAGUGGAAGUCAUCAUGCAGAAUUUCACUCUUUGCAAGGAGUCGAGGUCAAAAUUGGAGAGAAGUUCAGACCACCGAAAAAGGUAACAUUACCUGUUGGAUGGCAGCAAAGAGAUCCCUCAGCUGUCCUAAGCUUAACAUAUGACUUCAGUCUUGAAAAAGAUGUCAUUUCUAAAGCAGAUGCCUUAAAGGCCUCUACAAAAACAGAGGUGCAAUCCUCACCUGAAGCUCAUCUGGAAAGUUCUUCUUCAGAUACUCCUCCUGGUCAAAAUGUAGUGUUUUCAAAUUUCGGAAAUGAAAUUCUUCAACCUGUGGUUGCUCCUGGAUUAGGACAUAAAAAAAGUGAUAGCUUUGGAGGAAAAGGAAAAAAUUCAUUUGACUUGGCAGAUUUUGAGGGUGACGCAUCAACACCAUUUGAACUUGUGGAAUUGCAAACAAUAAAUGAUAUGGAUGAACUAAAAAAUGUUCUUCAACCUGACAUGAUAAGGCCAGCUACCUCUUUGGAAAAUCCAUCCAGCUCUCAUGCUGAUAAUAAACUAAAUACCUCUAUAAGUACUUCAGCUACUACCAUCAGUGUUUCUCCUUCUCAUAACUCACUAAUUGAUAUUACAGGAACAAAUUCCUUCAAUAAACCUUCACCUGUCACUAAACUUUCAGAUGCAAUAACCUCAACCAAUGUCAACGAAGCGGGUGCAUUGCUAGUUGACUUUGGAGAUUCAAAGACGUCUUCAAGUACUCAUCAAGUUUCAGCUGUAAAUAGUGACUCAGUCACCACUACUUCUUCUUGUAACACAAGACUUUUUCCUGAGAACAGGCCAAUCUCCAGGGGGGCAGUGUUACCCCCAAUUGGGCACAGUUUUUCCUCAGCAGGUUCUCAACAACUGCAAGGACAAACCCAUUCUCAAAUUUCAACACAUGCUAAUGAGAGUAGAGAUUCAUUCCAGGGUGGAAUUUAUAGUUUUCCAAAAACUCCUCCAUUGCAAGGGCAACAAGCAAUUGCAAUAGGUCAAGAUGCUAGAACACAAUUCAGACAGAACAACCCUCCCUCAACUGUUUCUAGUUUAAGGGAACCGGAGUGGAAAGUCCCAGAAUCCCCUGAACUUCAAAAUCCUGGAGUGUGUGGGCGUUAUCCUUCUCCAUUGCCUCCAAUUGGAAAGCUAGAUCAAGGGCAAAGGAUUGGUAAAGUUUGUGAAGAUAGGUCCUCUUUACCAGAUCCAUGGCCUGUUUUAGAAGAGUCAGAAAAAGCAUUUGUCAAAAAUAUUGCAAGCAUGGGUUUCCCUCAGGCACGUGUUAGUAGAGCUGUGCAGAGACUGGGGAUGAAAGACAGUGAGGUCAUGGAAUUCCUAUUGGCUGUAAAUGAUUUGAUUGAAAAGAAAUAUCCUCCAGACACUGUCGAAGUUGCCCUCAUAUAUAAUAACAAUGAGAAAGCCAAGGCAGCUGAAUUUCUUGAACUGGUGAAGAAAUAUAAAGACUUUGGCUUUAAGGAAGAUAACAUACUGAACUGCCUGCAAGCUGCUAAUAAUGAUGAAGAAAAAGCUUUGGAAUAUCUUUGUAGUCUUGGGUCCACAUAACAGGAAACAAUUUCACUGAAAGUCAAGUUUGAUGUUCCCUUGCAGGAGUGGUCAACAGACUAUAGCUGAGGAGGAACACCCCUGCAAUAGCUAAAUUCUUUAAGAACUAACUCUUAAUACUGAAAAUUUAAGAUAACGUUCCAGUGGUGGAUGUAGAACAUGAAAUGGAAUGAUCUGUGUACAGGAUAAUUGCUUAUCAUCCUUGCAAUACUAAUUUGCUGUUUACCUUCUUGACUGGAAAACACCAUGUGUACUGUGUUUGUUGAUGAUCUUCUAGCAAAUGAUGAUAAUUCGAGAGAUAUUAUAGUGAAUGAGUUUGUCAAGUCAUUCACAGGUACCACCACCAAUGACCCUGUUGUCUCUUGGAAUUAGUGACGUAUGCCAGAUCAAUCAAAUUUAUGCGAAUCUUUCAAAAGUGGAUCGUUAUAGCGGUGAAAUAUGGAAAUGCUGUUGGUUGCGAUUGUCAGGCAUGUUGUCAGGCAUUAAAGUUGGUUUUGAUCUAAUCGUAGAAUCGUGCCUUUUUGAUCAAUGUCGAAACAUAGAUUGGAAUAAAACUGCAUUCUAACUAUCUUCGAAUUAAACAGUUGACAACUAUUUAAUCAUUGAUUUGUGUGAACAGUGUCAAGAUGGCCUAUAGCUAACGAUAAAAAAAUAUUAAUUUUCUCAACACAGUGCACAUAUGUAGAAAUAUCAAGGUCCACUCAUUUUGUAGAACUGUGAGUUAAGGUAGACUUCGUUUUCAUGUAAACAGUCCUGAAGUAUUGUUGCUUAUGUCAAUUUGAUUCCAGCCUAAAAGCUGUUUGGAAAUUUUUGACAUGUUUGUUGGUUGGUUUGAGCUACUAAAUUUUAUAUUAAUCAAUGGGACACAUCACCAGGAUUGUUUAUAAUUUUUUUCUGUAAUGGCUCACAACAACAAGUACCAAUAAUCUGGUGACAGUUUUUAUAAGUGCCUGUGUUAUUUAUUGCUUACGAAGACGCUUAUUGUGAACAGGAAAGCAAAGCAAGUAUGAGCGUUGCAGGUUGGGGAUUGCUCCCCAUCCGUUCACACUAAUUGCAGCUUUUACUUAAAUUCUCUCUCUUACGUUAAGUUUUGUAUGUUAAAAGAUCGAGAAGAAUAUAUAAGUAAAUAAUAACUAAUAACCUAAUUAUACAAUUACAGUGGUUUUAUUUUUUCCUAGUGUAGAUGAUUCACUUUUUAUUUACAAAUAAUGAACAAUGCAAAGGGUGUAGUCGUAAAACUUGCUCAGAAGGCGUUUAGUUCAAUGUGUUCACCCUUUUUCCUAAAAAAAGUUCCUCAAAUUAGAAUUUAUGGUUACGGAAUUAAAAAAGGAACAAAGUGUAAUAAAAGAUGAGAGUAAUGAAGCGUUAUUUUCCGUAUCCUAACUGGCGGCGUUUGGUGGCGACGUUGACAGCGGCCUACCGCAAGUCUCUACGCUUUGGCGAUCAUGGCAGAUGGUUUCGAUCGUGUUCUUACUGAAUAUAUGAAAUAAAUUUACUGUAAGAUAGGAAUUUCAUAUCCUACUGAUGAAAACCUUCCUCCAUAUUUGUCUUAAGAUGCUUCCGUUCAGGCCGACGAGUGAAUGCAACGGUUACAGGAGUAUGAUAAACGCAGUACUUUGAGUGUAAAAAUAAAGUUCGCGCUUAAAAAUA